AUGAAAUUGCUGGAGUAUGAAGACAGGAGGGCCAAACUGCAGUUGGCAACAUCUCUACAUGAGGCUGACAAGGCAGAAUGGCGCAACAUUACCCAAAAGGUUGACCGGGAAGGUGAGGAAUCGACCCCCGUUCUGAUUUUGCUUGAGCAAGUACUUAAAAACCUAAGGAUCAAUCUCCUCUUGUUAGACAGGCUUGUCCGUGUAAAUGAUAAAUCAUGUAUAGACAAUCUUCGAAUGGAUAGAAACACAUUUGGUAGAUUAUGUCGCCUUUUGCGUGACCGAGUUGGGUUAAUAGAUCAGAAAUUUGUUACGGUUGAAGAACAAGUUGCUAUGUUUUUAUGCAUUCUAUCCCACCACAAAAAGACACGGAUUGUUGGUCACAACUUCAUGCGUUCUUCACAAACUGUGUCGAAAUAUAUGCAUAUUGUGCUCCGUGGAAUCCUUACCCUGAACGAGGUGUUUUUAGUGAAACCCGAGCCGGUUGAUGAUGCUUGCACAGACCCAAGAUGGAGCUGGUUUAAGGGAUGUCUUGGAGCUUUGGAAGGUACGUAUAUCAACGUAAGGGUUCCUAUUGCAGAUACCCCAAGUGAAGGAUUCAUCACUCCAUAUAAAGGCGUCCGAUAUCAUUUGAAGGAGUGGGGACCUGGAACACAAGCUCCUCAAACUCCUGAAGAACUUUUCAAUUUGAAGCACACAAAAGCAAGGAAUGUGAUUGAGCGUGCCUUUGCGGUUCUUAAGAUGCGUUGGGGAAUCUUGCGCAGCCCGAGUUUGUACCCUAUCGAUGUGCAAACCGAAGUGGAUCCCAUCGAGGACUUCUUACCUUCUCAAGCAGAUGACGGGGGUACCAGUGACAAUGAAGAGCCGGUUGUGCAUACCAUUAAUGUUGUCUCGCCUACAGCUUUGUGGACGAAGAAGAGGGAUGAUUUGGCGGCUGCAAUGUGGGGUCAAAGGAUGAACGGGUGA